UUGGCAGUGCAAUGGUUACGCGCAAAAGGAGAGUUGCGCCGCGUGCGCCUUCACUGUUCUGAAGGGCAAAGGGAAUGAGGGAAACGGUCAUAACAAAUAAAUACAGCGUUUUCUUUCCACGAUGUAGCCUAGUUCAUCUGUGUUUGAUAUUAGACACUGGUGUUUCAACGGGUAUUUGGUUUGACCAGACAAUCGUUCAAGUGAAAGAGAGGAGCGUGUCUUCAACGAAACGUCAUCUAUUUGACUUGAAAGCCGAAGCCGGGGGAUAGACGAUUUAACAGUGACCUCCAGUAGUCGUGAGAUGUGCCGCGCGAGGCGGAUCGGACCAGCCUGUCGUCAACGAUUCACAGAGGACCUCAUGCAUAGGCUACGCGCUUUCUUUUCUAGGUGGAAUAUCUGUCGUCAAACUAUUAUUGCCGGAAUAUGGAUUCCUAUUUAGCUUGAAAUUAACCAUCGGUUGAUUUUUUUGGAGCUACUGGGCAGCAUCUAUGAGAAAAGUCUUACCUGUCAGUUCAGUCUGUCUCUGCAAAUCCUGUUUUACGAAAACUAUUUCAUUAGGCCUACAUUAUAAUCUACGGAAGACACAUAUGAUUCAUUCGCCUCAUUAGUAAAGUGCUGUAUGUGAGCUGUAUUCUGUAGGCUAUCCUACAUAGGCUACUUGACAACCAAAAUUAAAGCAUUUUUGAAGCGCUUGAUUUGAAGUAGCAGCACCAAAGCUGACUGUUAAGUUGUCUUACUAACGUAUAGGCUUCGCCAGUCUACACAGGUAGGCGAGAACGAACCCAAUGAAGUUAGCUUAAUCAGUCCAUCUUUUUAAGACCCAUGCAAAGCCAUGAUGGGGGCAGUGACCGCUCAGCGUUUAGACGUCCUACACAGCAAAUUAUCACGGCUUUCACCUACUGGGUUACUCAUUGUACAAAACUGGGAACAAUGGAUUUAGAAACAUAUUGGUGCUUUUAGACAAACGGAAAGAAUUCAAGGAAGAGGACAUCGAGCCUUUUAUAAUUUACAGAACUAUUCCCGUGUCUUUGGAAAACUUAAUUAUGGGAACAAGACUGCAAGUUAUCCUUGGAGUGUUUCAGUUUGUUUCUCUCACAGGAAUACCCAUAUGUAGUGGCAAGCUAACACAGUGGCAACCUACAGAACCCCACAGAUCUAGAGAAGUGGUGAAGUGGAUGGACGUGUACCAGCGGAGCAGCUGCCAGCCGCGGGAGGUGUUGCUGGAGGUGUGGCGGGAGUUCCCGGAGGAGACCCACCACCUCUACCUGCCCGCCUGUGUGCCCGUGCACCGCUGCGGGGGCUGCUGCGCCGACGAGGCCCUGGAGUGCGUGCCCUCACGUACCCACACGCUCACCAUGGAGCUGAUGAAGACCUCAUACAUGAAGCAUGAGAUGGUCCAGCUCCCCUUCACCCAACACACUCAGUGUGAGUGCAGACCAAAAUCAGACAUGAUCCCCCCAACCAGGCAGGAGGAUCACGGGCCGACGCGGAAAGACAGAAAGCGGGAGCGCGGAAAAUCGCGACGAAAGAAAAACAGGAGGAUCAGGCCCACACGCCCAGUUUGGACCACUGGUUCUCCUAGCGCCGCGCCCACGCCGAGCAGCCCUCCUCCCCCCGUGCAGGUGCAGUGUGCCCCCUGCCCCGGGCGCUGGCGGACCCUCGACCCCCAGUCAUGCGAGUGCCACUGCAGGCUGAGGGAGACGGGCUGCACGCGCCGAGGGAAGAGACUCAACCAGCACAGCUGCAGGUGUGAACCGGUGAGGGAAUGACGUAGAUGAACACUCACUUCCUCCUGGUUCUAACCACUGUUGGGCCCUCAUAGCUUUAAGGAGAGGAGAGGAGAGGAGAGGAGAGGAGAAGAGAGGAGAAGGACACGCUCCCCUGGGUGUUGGGAGGACAGUGGGGGGGGGGCGGUAGGGGCAGGUGGGUGGUGAACUCCCAUAGACUGUGAAUGAAGACUGUGGGACGGGGAGUGUGUGCCGUUGACAGGACUUUCUCAUGAUCCCUCUCCACUAAACAAAGCCAUCCACCACAGCAUCUGCAGAUGCCCUGAUCUACCUAUGUGUCUGUGUCUAUGUUGUGUGUCUUCCAGGCUUGCCACAUACUUGCUUUGAUAGCAUUUGCAGCUGAACGUCACCAUGUGUAUAGACAAAUAUAUGAUGUUGCUUCUUUAUGAGGUUAAAGGGUAAUGUAGACAACGUAAAUGUUUGAAAAAGGGAAAGGAUUCCCAUGACCUAGACAUGUCAAGGUCUCCUGGGCAUACGACCCAAAUACCAGGACUAUUAGCAGGGUAUGGAAAGGGUAUGUUAUUACCAUUAAUGGCAAAGUGGGGGUGCAGUUUUAACAGAUCUAACCUGAAAUGAAUUUAUUGCAAUAGCUUUUUGCUUAUAAGGGUUUUAAAAGUAGGUUACAAAUGACAAAUCUAGGGAAUCUACGUCUACUACUUUAACUUACCAUAAACUGCCUGUGGAAUUAAAAUGACCUGAACGUCGCCAGUUGCCAUAUGAACGCCUCUGUGUGAGUCAGACUUUCCACCUAACCCUCGCCACAUACUGUAGUUACCCACUUAUAUCAAGACACCUGACAAUUGAGCAUACACCAGUUUAAGACAGUUGUACGCUGCAGAGAGAUUGGCCGUAGUAAACGAUAAGAGGGCUACUGUUGCAGUGCAGUAGAGGAUAGCGUCAUGUCUGUGGUAUAUAGGAUUUAAACAUGACAGAUUGUAUCAUCACUGCAGAUAUUGUGGAUGGUGUGUGUCUACACUGGCCAUGCUGAUUUAAGCUGUGGGCUCAGGAUGGUUGGAAGAGAUAUCUGUGUGGUCCAUAGUUCUGCUCAUUUAUUCGUAGCCUUAUCACAGGGCCGCAGAUUAUAUCACUGAGUCUUUUUGUGUUUGUGUUUGUUUUGUUUGUUUUUCCCCCCUCCAUCUUUCUUUUUUUUCAGUUAGGAUUGAAAGAGCCUUGAGCUCUGGCUAGGCAGUGAGGGGAAUGUCAAUAGUAAGGAGAACUGGCCUUAUUCCAUGGGUGCUGUGACACACACACACACACACACACACACACACACACACACACACACACACACACACACACACACUCAGUCAUACACACACAAACAGUCAAUCUUUCUUUCUUUUCAAUUAGUCCCUUUGAUUCAUUCCUUUUUAAUUCAUUACAGCCAUUCUGAGAAGUCCACACAAUCUUAACCACCACUUCCUAAGAAAAGCUGUAAUGUCAUAAUCAGUCUCUUUCCCGCGCUCUCUCUUUUCCCCUCUCACUCGCUCUCUCUCUCUCUCUCUCACAGACACACACACACACACACACACACACACACACACACACACACAGAGAUACCUGCCUAAUUAUGAGCAGGUGAACAUAAGCUUAUUUUGUAGUCAGACGAAAAACAUUCUAGAUUAGUGCAACAUAUGCGUUUUGUGUUAUUGUCCUUAUGUUAUUUUAGCCUCAUUCUUUUGCAGAUAGUAUCCCCAAGACGUGUUUCUUUUUCACGCAGUGUUUCUUUGUUUCUCUGUUUUUGUUUUCUGUUAAUCCGCCUGCACAGCAUCUGUCUGGGUGGCCUAGUAUGUACACAUUUGGCAUCCAAACAUAUGUCUGUGUUUGGACUGAAUUUAAACAGGGGAUGAAGGGGAAAGUUCAGCAGGCCAGAAUAAGAGAAAUAACUAUAUAGUGUAUUAAUCAACAGCAGCAUCAACUCCAAGCAGUAUGGGAGAAAAUAUCACAAAUUGACCGUGGUGGCCCUGACAUGUUUGUGAACAUACUGUUUGUGGACUGGAUUGAACUGUACAUUAUCUGGAGUUUAAUAUAUUUAUUUUUUAUAUUGAGUUUUAUAUUGAGCUAUGCAUUAUUUCUGUGAAUUUGUGAAUUUAAUUGCUACUGUGACAACACACAAACAAUCAGUGUUCUACAUGGAGGACAAUUAUCAAUUUAUACAUUUAUACAUAGUGGUUGGUGAUUAGACUGUGGUUAAUAUUUAAAGAUUUACAGUUCCAUAGAUCUUAGUAUAUUUUGUUAAUGUCAAACAUUUUGUAGUGCCUAUUAUUAUAAACCAUAGAAGAGGUGGAACCCUGUUUCAAAGGAAGAUAUUCUACAAGCACUGAAUUUCUCAUGAUUUCAUAGCCAAACUUAAGUCUGUCGCUUUCUUCAUGCUAGCAAUAUUUUACAUGACCUCUUUUUGUUCUUAAACAGAGGCAUUGGACCCAGCAAUGAUGAUGACGACAUUAUGUUAAGUUUCCCGAUGGAUAUUCUGCUAUCCAGGGAGGGAAGUCAGACAGUUGCUAAUUUGAAUAACACCCUUGUACAACAAUGGGCUCUGUUGUGCUCUCCACAUUCCAUAUCAUAGCAUACACGUGUGCGCACAUACCUCUGUUUGCAGUAUGUGCCCAUUCAUGUUUUAACUGUCUGUUUAUGUAUGGACCAGACACGGUGGGUGUCUCCUGUUUCUCCCCUCUUGGUUCUGGUUCUUUUCUUCUCUGUUUGUUUUGGCUGAAGUGUCACAACCCUAACACCCCAUCAUUAUGUGACAGAACAGAGGCUUGUGUAGGGUCAGUAGGUGUGUGGUAUUUCAGGCCCUUUAGAAAAGGAAAACGUGUAUUGGGCAGUUAAGCGAAUAGACACACUAGCAGUUUGGACACUGUUAUAUUUAUGCUGGGCCCCAUUUUCUUUUCAUUUUUAGAACAUGCAGUUGAACAGUCCUGUUCUCUCUCUCUCUCUCUCUCUCUCUCUGUCUCUCUCUCUCUCUCUCUCUCUCUCUGUCUCUCUGAUCCAAGUGACUUUGGUAUGACCGCUCUUACUUUUGCACUUUUGACUUGAUAGGUUCAGUUCAAAAAGGGGAUAAUCUAACCAGCAUACAACACCGCCCCUUCAUUAGUUUGGCAUUUUGCUGGCUACUUCAAAGGCAGGCAUCCAGACUAUUUAGUCUCAUAGCUCGCUACAAUGUCUUAAUUGUAUGGUUAUUCCCCCCCAAAAAAAAAUUGGAAAAAAAAAAAAUGUGCAAGGGGAUCCCCCUCCUCUCCCUGCCUAUGCGUCUGCACAUCAUGUAGACUUUUGUGUAUAAACAGACAAGAUCUAUUCCGUGGCAGCCAACAUAGACAAAGUGGAAGCUGCAGUGUAGGUCAGACUGUGUAGAAUAUGAAUGUACUGAUCCCCUAGCUGGAUUGCACGCCCCUCAGAAACAGUAUACUGUGGUAGGUAGCACAGCAUCCAUGCCCGCCAUUUAAGGUCAGUGUUAGUGCCGAUUUUAGUUGAUGUGUUGAUGUAUCUCAUAGUAAGCUAUAUACCUGAAUACAGUGUUCAAGUUCAAACAAACAGACCACUGGUAGUGCUAUACAACCCACCCAGAGCCUAUUUUUGGAUCUAUAGUGUUACCGUAUUUCCUCUUGUAUGAUAAUGUGUGUAUUAUGAUGUUAAUGAAUACUACUGCUGCUGCUGCACCAUCUGUGCCCUUUAUCAUAACAUUAUGUGUGUAUGUGUGCAAAUGUUCAAAUCAAAUUUGUGCUAUACAAUAUACAACGAUGCCGGUCUUAAAAUGCAUAUGUGAUCCGCUUUUAUGUGUACAGUAUGUAUAUAAGCUCCCAUAUCAUUUUACUUAGAAAAGAAUCCAGAACUACCUGUGACAUAUUACAAUGUCUUUGACACUAUUAAAGGGAAAUGUCUUA